UCUGUGGAGACAGAGCAGGGAAGUGUGUGUGUGAGGAGUGUAGUGGCUGUCUGGACAUGUCAUAGUUCACUCUGGGAGCCUGAUCAAGCGGGUGGAUGUGACAUUAUGUCUAAGAUGAGGACCCAGUUUGGAGUUUUGCUUUUGUUGGCCCUGUGGGUGGUCCACUCUGAUGCUUGGUUCUGGUCCUGGACUGGUACUACAACUUUGCCCCCAACAGUGGACAAUGAAGGAUCUGGCAGUCCAGCAGGCAGUGGAGAACAACCAUCAGAGAAUCUUGCAAGAGUUGGAGCAGAGAUAAUUGAUGAAGGACAUGGGAUCCAAAAUGUUGCGCAGACUUGGGAUGAAUCCACUGAGGCUCCUCGACUGACCACUGUAACACAACCAGAGAAUGAACAUACAUCAGAAAAGGAAACAGCAGGGAUUUCGUCACGCAAACGUAAACCUGGUAAUGGCACAUCUUCACUAAAGGAAGACACUGGAGUCUCCCUGCUACAGCUGAUUGGGGAUCCUCCUCCAAACGAGAUCACCCGGGUCUAUGGGUCCGACCUCAGUCCUGGAUAUGUUUUUGGCCCCGAUGCCAACACAGGUCAGCUGGCCCGUGCCCACCUGCCAAGCCCAUUCUACCGAGACUUUUCCCUCAUCUUCAACCUGAAACCCACCUCUAACAAGGGAGGUGUCAUCUUCUCCAUCACAGAUGCCUCACAGAAGAUUAUGUAUGUGGGUGUUAAACUGUCAGAUGUGCAGGGCGGCAAGCAGAAUGUCAUCCUGUAUUACACAGAACCCGACUCACAGCAGUCGUAUGAGGCGGCCAGGUUCCUUGUGCCCUCCAUGAGGGAUGUCUGGACUAGUUUUGCCAUCGCUGUGAGGGAUGACAAGGUGAUGUUCUACCUCAACUGUGAUACAGACCCUCAGGUGAUGCGCAUUGAGAGAUCCCCGGAUGAGAUGGAGCUGGAGGUCGGUGCUGGGGUCUUUGUCGGGCAAGCUGGAGGAGCUGAUUCUGAAAAGUUUCUGGGGGUAAUCAGUGAGCUGAGGGUGGUGGGAGACCCCCGUGCUGCUGAGAGGCACUGUGAAGAGGAAGGAGAUGACUCAGAUGUGGCUUCAGGUGAAGGAAGUGGUGAUGAGGAAACCAGACCCCCAAAACCACCCGCGGAGAGACAUAGAUGGACGACUACCACUCCAUCUUCCCGGCCCAUUCAGCAGCCACCACUGACCAGGUUGGAGGAGGUGUCAGUUGCAAGAGAAACAGCAAGCGACUCAGAGCACGUUUCAGUUUCUGUGGAGUCCAGGCCCGGACUUCCUGGGUCACCAGGGGCAGCUGGGGCUAGAGGAGAAAAGGGUGACCGAGGGGAUAAAGGAGAGAGAGGAGACAGGGGUCCAAUUGGGCCGAAGGGAGAAACUGGCUUUGGCUCCAGUUCACGGGGUGGAUCCCGUGGAGAGAAGGGAGAACCGGGAGAAAAAGGAGCAAAGGGUAAUGCAGGCUUUGGCUACCAAGGAACGAAGGGAGAGCCCGGCCCUUCUGGUCCUCCCGGUUCCCCCGGCCCUCCAGGGCCCGCAACUGAGUUUGCAGUCGGCGGUGAUGGCUCAGUUGCUUCCAGAGUCCCCGGACCCCGAGGGCCAGCUGGACCACCAGGUGCCCCAGGCCCCCAUGGACCACCUGGAGCUGAUGGAGAGCCAGGUGAUCCCGGUGAGGAUGGAAAAACUGGUCCUGAGGGACCUCCAGGCUUCCCAGGAACCCCAGGGGACGCUGGACCUAAAGGAGAUAAGGGAGACCGUGGAGAGGGUCAGCCUGGCCCCAGGGGACCCCCAGGGCCUCCAGGACCUCCAGGACCAGGACUCAGAUCUACUUUUGUGGACAUGGAAGGCUCCGGUUUCCCUGAUUUGGAAUCUAUUCGGGGACUUCCUGGCCUACCUGGUCCUCCUGGUCCCCCCGGUCCUCCUGGUCCCUCUACAGCAGGCACAGGAUCAAGUUCUGGGGCAUUCGGACCACCAGGAAAGGACGGAGCGCCUGGUCAACCUGGCUUGCCUGGUUUGCCGGGUACUGAUGGCCUCCCAGGACGUCCUGGUCUCAAUGGAGUAAAGGGUGAUGCAGGCGAGCUCGGUCUUCCAGGAGCAGUUGGAGAGAAGGGAAAUCAAGGAAACCCUGGUUUACCAGGAACACCAGGAGAGGCUGGACUGGCUGGUCUGCCUGGACCGAUGGGACCUGUUGGGCAACCUGGACCUCCCGGGCCUCCUGGACCAAGUUAUCGUGUUGGAUUUGACGACAUGGAAGGCUCUGGUGGAGUUUUCUCCAAUGGACUUCCUGGCGUCAGAGGACCAGAAGGAAGUCAGGGUCCUCCUGGCUUGCCUGGACUUCCAGGAAAACCUGGGUUCCCUGGUCUACCAGGUCAGAAGGGCAAUGAAGGCUCUGUAGGAAGAGACGGACAGCCGGGAUUGGAUGGCUUCCCUGGACCUCAGGGACCAAAGGGUGACAGAGGUGACAAAGGAGAGAGGGGUGACCAAGGUCGAGAUGGAACCGGACACCCAGGUCCACCCGGCCCACCCGGCCCACCAGGACAAAUCAUCUACCAGACAUCUGGCAAUUCGGACGGUGCCGUUGGCAGUGCUGGUCCUCAGGGAGGACCUGGUUUACCUGGUCAAGCUGGAUUCCCUGGCCCUAUUGGACCAAAGGGUGACAGAGGAGACCCCGGUCCUACAGGCUACGGUGUGAAGGGUGAGAAAGGUGAGCCGGGCUUAAUAGUCGGACCCGAUGGAAGUCUCCUGUCUCUGGAAGGGCUAUCAGGUCUGAAGGGAGACAGAGGACCUCCUGGACCUGUUGGACCCUCUGGCCAGUAUGGGCCUCCUGGAUUAAAGGGUGAAAUUGGAAUGCCUGGAAGACCCGGUCGCCCUGGUGUAAACGGAUACAAGGGUGAGAAAGGAGACACAGCAGUUGGUUCUGGCUAUGGCUACCCAGGAGUCCCUGGCCAACCAGGACCACCCGGACCACCCGGACCCCCUGGGCCAGCUAUUCCCUUAGACCGCUUCAACCGCUAUGAUGACACUUCAAGGAAUUACCCAGAAAAUAAAGGGGAAAAAGGAGAGCGUGGUGAUCCAGGACUUCCAGGAAUCCCAGGAACAUCCUCUAAUUUUGAUAUUUACACAUUCAAGAAUGAACUGAAGGGAGAGCGUGGAGAAACAGGUGGGAAGGGAGAAAAGGGAGAGCCUGGUGGUGGUGGAUAUUAUGACCCACGUUUUGGAGGACCACAAGGCCCACAAGGCCCAACUGGUAAACCAGGUCUGCCGGGUCCAAAGGGUGAUUCUGUAAUGGGCCCUCCUGGACCCCAGGGGCCACCAGGGCAGCCAGGGAUUGGUUACGAUGGACGUCCAGGUCCUCCUGGACCACCUGGACCUCCAGGGUCUCCCUCAUUUCCUGGAGCAUAUAGGCCCAAUAACCCUGUCAGUGUCCCUGGACCUCCUGGUCCUCCUGGUCCUCCUGGAAAUCCUGGUUCCUCCUCUGGGGUUACAGUUUUGAGAUCAUAUGACACAAUGAUUGCUACUGCCAGACGGCAGGCAGAGGGAAGCCUCAUCUACAUCAUAGACAAAGCAGACCUCUUUUUGAGAGUACGCGAUGGACUGCGGCAAGUCAUGCUUGGAGAGUACAGUCCCUUCUUCAGAGAUCUGGAGAAUGAGCUGGCAGAGGCUCAGCCUCCACCUGUGAUCCUUUACCCCCAGUCCCAGGACCAGUCCCAUAACAACGGAGCUGGUCGUUACUCCCAAGGCAGUUCUGCCAUACGUCCCAUUGAGCCUCCACCACACCCACCGGUAGACCCCAGAUACCCUGCACAGUAUGAUCCCAGAUUCCCAGACCCGAGACACACAGGCCAGACAGAUGGAAGAUUAUUAUCAACCCAGCAGACUGAGAACAGAUAUCCUGUCACUCCACAGCGGCGACCCAACCCACCUAUACCACAGCCAGGUGGCCACGUGGAACAUGCAUCAGGAUCAGGAUUACAUAUUAUCGCCUUGAACGCCCCUCAAACUGGUAACAUGCGAGGAAUUCGCGGGGCAGACUUCCUGUGCUUCCAGCAGGCCCGUGCCGUUGGCCUGAAGGGGACCUUCAGAGCUUUCCUGUCUUCCAAGCUUCAAGACCUCUACACCAUCGUCCGCAGGUCGGACAGGGACAGCUUCCCCAUCGUGAACCUCAAGGACCAAGUCUUGUUCGACAGCUGGGAGUCUAUCUUUGGUGAAAACGUGAACAAAAUGAAGGAGAAUGUACCAAUCUAUUCCUUUGAUGGUAGAGAUAUCCUCAGGGACAGCGCAUGGCCAGAGAAAAUGGUCUGGCAUGGAUCAACCAACAAAGGCCACCGGCAAACAGACCAAUACUGCGAAACAUGGCGGGCAGGCGACCGCGCUGUGACGGGUCUGGCAUCAUCACUACAGAGCGGCCACCUCCUGCAGCAAACCUCCAGUAGCUGCUCCGGCUCCUACAUCGUCCUCUGCAUCGAGAACGCCUUCACAUCACACUCCAAAAAAUAAAUCCUGUCCGUCCUCCUUUUUUUGUUUUUGGCCCUAGUUAAACACAGUUUUAAUUCCCUGAUAACACGCCUUGUGAACAUGUGGCGUCCAAUGAACUGGCCCUGUGGCUCUUUGCCUGGCAGAGACACUCUGCAUUGUCUGCUCCUCCCCUCCAUAAACGCCAAAGAGAUGGGUCGAACGGAGGGGGUGUUGGUCCUUUUUCUCGGGGGCAUUGGCACAUAUUUUCUCCAAGGGGUGAAGCUAAAUGCGUUCUGAAAUUGUAUCCAUUUUUUAAAAAUUCUGUAUAUUACAUGUUUGUCCAUUGUUUUAUUUUUGUUUUUUUUGACAUUAUCAAUGUUUUACCUUUUGAACUGUUUAUAAUAAUGCUAUAUUCAUCCUGUUAUGUUUUUUUAUUUAGGUAUUGAUGAUUUCCACUUUUUUUUCCAAUUUCAUUUUAGAAUUGUGGGUUAUGACGGGGUACAGCAAACUUUUAAAGACUAUUUUAAAUUGAAAGAAGAUAAUAGAUAUUUAUUUUUAAAUGAAGUUAUGUAAGGAUAAAAAAAGAUUUGGAAAAAAAAAAGCUAAAUACCCUCAUUUAUAUUGUACACAGCAUAGACCAUUUAAUUCUUUUCGAAUUAAGCUUCUGAUCAGAAACUGUGCCUUAUUACACAACCAGGACUGCUUUACAAAAUAAGCUCAUAUAGUGAAUCACUUCUUUUGUAUGCAUUAUUCUACAAAUAUGGAAAUGUUACAGUGUUUUCUUCUUGCAUUCAAGAAGUGCAUUCAGAUGCUUCUACUUCACGCUAAAUUUAAAUGACCUUGUUGGACACAGACACUACUGUAAUGAAUAAUCCCACAUCCAGAGGGCAAGAUUCCUUGUAGCUGAAAUCGAGCCUUUUGAAUCUAAAAUGAUGAUUUUCCCUUUUACCACUUAAUAAAAUCCUAUCAGUGAGAAAGCUGGAAAUGAUUAGUUUGCUGCUAAUCUUUGUUGGAGUGUUUGCUGUCAGGGGUGUCAGGGACAGAAAAACCAGUAUGUUAAGGAGACAGUUACAAUAGCCUUGCAUUGAAUUUCAGACUAACUUGGCCUUAGUGCUACUGAUGUCUUGACUGAACCUGUGGAUAUCCAUUUUUAUAACACAUUGUGCUGUACUGUUUCUCCCAGGCACUGAAUAAAAGUCUUUUUCAACUACAACAAAA